CCCAGAGGAAAGAAGGUGAGGAAACCUUGGGUGUUGACUCGGUGGUCCUCGGCACAAAAGGCCCGAAGUCGGCGGGCUCCUGCGAGUUGCGGCGUGUGGCGGGGCAUCGUGGGGUAGCUUUGCAAAGGAAUAUCUUGAGCGUGCGGCGCCCCUCUUCUUAGAACUCCGAUAUUAGUAUUCUGCAAUUAUGCCUUCUCAUAACAUUGUUCUUCUUGCUGGUGACGGUGUAGGACCCGAGGUCGUUGCGGAAGCAGUCAAGGUCCUCAAGGUCGUCGAGAAGCACACGGACAACACGUUCAAUUUCCAGGAGCACCUAUUUGGAGGCUGCUCCAUAGAUGCGCACAACAACCCUCUGACAGACGAAACGCUCGCCGCAGCCAAGUCGGCAGAUGCCAUCAUCCUCGGUGCCGUCGGUGGACCAAAAUGGGGAACCGGUAAGGUGCGCCCUGAACAAGGCAUCUUGAAGCUCCGCAAAGAACUCGGCACUUUCGGAAACCUACGGCCGUGCUUCUUCGCCUCGGACUCGCUCGUCGACUCGUCACCUCUGAAAGCCCACCUCGUUCGCGGCGUAAACUUCAACAUCAUCCGCGAAUUGACAGGCGGCAUAUACUUUGGAGAGAGGAAAGAGGAUGAAGGCGAUGGCAAGGCUAUGGACACAGAGCCGUAUAGCGUCGAGGAGAUUGAGCGCGUCGUGCGGUUAGCGGGCACUCUCGCGUCUGCAGAGGACCCGCCGGUGCCUGUGUGGAGCUUGGACAAGGCGAAUGUGCUUGCUACGUCAAGGUUAUGGCGGAAAACGUUCGAGCGCAUCAUGAAGGAGGAGUACCCGCAUCUCAAAUCUGGCACCCACCUCAUCGACUCGGCGGCUAUGCUCAUGAUUAAGAACCCGAGGUCGCUGAAUGGUGUCGUUGUUACGAGCAACCUCUUCGGUGAUAUCAUCAGCGACGAAGCGAGUGUGAUCCCAGGUAGUCUCGGUCUACUACCAAGUGCCAGCUUAGGCGGCAUUCCGGACGGCAAGACGAAGCUCAAUGGUAUCUACGAGCCCAUUCACGGAUCCGCGCCCGACAUCGCUGGUCAGGGCAUCGUCAACCCCGUCGCAACCAUCUUGUCCAUCAGCAUGAUGUUCAAGUACUCCCUCUGCCUGCCAGCUCUCGCAUUGAAGAUUGACGAGGCAACAAAAAUCGCCAUCGACAAGGGCGUCCGAACUAAGGACAUUGGCGGCUCGUCAACAACCUCUCAAGUCGGUGAUGCGAUAGCCGCGGAGCUAGAGACCCUCCUACAGAAAUAGUAUCACAUGUCGACUACAAUGUUGCAUAAUCUGUAGCUACAAUAUCAAAAAGUUCCAGCGUUCGGUAGUCGCGUAUUCAUCACACUUGUAGUCUUGGCAAGUCGGAUGCGAGCGAGACGUUGAAAAAUGUGAUCCGCUCAACUGCUUCUCUACUAGUAAUGAUUGUUCCCUUUUUAGCCCUCAGCGCCGUCCUACCGCAAUACAGCUGGACAUGACAAAUUUCGGCCGCUCAU